AACAGAUCACAUGUUCGAGUUUGAAUUUGACAUGAAAAUUGCCACUGAGAAGAUAGUAUUUGGAAAGAGAAUUCCAUACAAAUAUUGCAUUGAAAAGAUUGAAAAAACUGGGAAGGAUCAAUACACAUGGGAGCAUUAUUUGAAAGAGAGUAACACUGGAAUGGGUGCUAAUAGAACUCUCACUUUGAUAGAAAAAUGGAAUAAGAUAGAUGUCUGGCAUCAGUACGAUGGAGUAGUGGAAAAAGAACCGUCAACAUGGGAUAGGGUUUCAAGUUUCAUUUUCUCCUGGAGGACUGAGCUAAUAAAACAUGCAAAAAAAGGUGUUGAUUAUUUUAGCUCAAAUAUUCUGCAAUCAGAAGAUUCCAGUUACUCUGUAUCCCUGGAACAGCUAGAAAUGUUAUUCUUAGGCUUUAAAAGAGCCUAUUAUCAUGAUGGUAGAUGUUGGGACUCCAAGGACAAUAAAUAUAAGGAAGAUAUUGGUGGAUCUAUUCUCGAUGUUAUACUGGAAACUGCAGGAAGUUUACAAAACACAACUGAUAUGUCUGCAAGUACAAGGGAAAGACAAGUUGCUCUAGCCAUUGCUGCUGUAUUUGCUGCCAAAAAGUUGGAUUUGUCAUUUAAUGUUAAUCUGAAGAGCUGGCAAAAAGUCUGUGAACAUCUAAUUAUGAGACCUGAUCCAGAGAAGAAAACUUGCCUUGAAUUGGACAUUUUGGAAAAGUAUUUUCCUGAGAAUAGGCAACAGAUGAAGGAAGCGUUCUUGUCACUUGGCAAGUACAUUUCAUCCAACUCGAAGAAUCCAUCUUGGCUAUUUCUGAUGCCAUGGAUUCAUUUUCUGUAUGGACUGUGUAGUCCAUUUGAUAAACCAGCUUUUGAUGUAACUCACGACAAGAAAGAUCCUACCUGGUGGGGCAUAUCACAGUUAGGGGAGCAUUGUGUCAAGUAUUUUAGAGGGAAGACAGAUCAUUGGGAAAUACCAAUAGAAAAGACCCUGGAUGUUUUGGAACCAAUGUUUGAAAUGGACUAUUUGUUGCCACGAUCAUUUGUCACUGCAGUAAGACUGAGAGAACUUGAUUCAGUAAUAGCUACAGGCAAAAUUCCAACAGAAAUUAUCCUAGCAAACUUGUUCUUUCACAUAAAAGACACUAGGCCAAGUUGGAAAUUCGAUUACAUUUACAGAACAUACAGCUAUGGAGAUGUCACUACUGAUGAAAGACUUGUAGAGAAGAGUAUGAAGACUCUAUUAGAGCACCUUGAAAAGUCACCAAAGCAAAGUGACAAAUUAAAUAUUCAUCAAGAGAAGAUGCAAACAUUCUUUUCAUCACAAGUUUUCCUGGAGUGCACAAAAACAAAUCGUGUUAAUCCAUUUUCAAGUUCUAUUGGGAUUAUGUUGCACUGUUUGUCAUCCUAUGAAGAAAGAGAAGAUAAGAAAACAAUAAGCCAGAAAAAAUAUGCUUUAGGGAUAAUGCAACCAUGUGUCCCUGAAGUCUUUAAAUGGAUAGAAUCUUGGAGUUGGCAGUGGGUAACCUACAUGGAAGACACUCUCAAGUGUUGGAAUAUGGUAUAUGCACCAGACAGCAUCAAGUCUCAACCAUUAUGUGAGGAAUGGAACAAACAAAUUACAAAAGUCCUUUGGGAUAAACUACAAACAAAGGUGUGUCAUGAAAGUUAUAGUAUGACCAAUUUUAUCCAGUUGUAUUGUCAGAAAAUUGACACAUUCAACCCUGCAAUGCAAGACUGUUUGACUAAAGCUGCUUUUCAAGAAAUCCGCAGAUUUGGAGAUCUUAUAUCUGAUCUCUUCCUGAAAGAAUGGAAUAAGAGUGUCAAGGAUAAUAGUAGGGAUACUCAGCAAGAGAUACUUCAACAUUUUCUGAAAUGGCCACCAUUCACACAGUUUGUGAAAAUAUAUUUGGAUAGGAGUUCAGUCGAUGCCACGCUGAAAAAGCAGGAAAACCUGAAAGUUCACAAAGUGAAUGAGUUUUGUAUAGCAGCAGAUGUGAGUAAAGUUGAAGAUUUGGAAACAUUUCAGCCUGCUCUCUGUGCAUUUAAAGUUUCUCAGACUGUGAUUGACAUACUGCCACAACUACAGGCAUGCAGUGAAAGCAGCACUUUUAUGAGGUUUUGGAUUGAUGAAUGUCAGAGUAUGGACGACAACUCACCAGAGUGGGAUACAGUUUCUAACAAGCUACAGAGUGGUGAAAUAAAGUUCAGAGAUAUAGAGAAAAUUCUUGGCAACAGAUACCAAAAGGAUUAUGACAAUAUGAUAGUUGAAUUGAAAACAUUUGGACUAAAUGUCAAAUGUAUACAUAAGCGGGUUGACCAGUUAAAGAAGUACCGACAUCUAGGAGAUUGUGUGAAAGGAGCAAAAACCAUUCUGAAAUUUGCAAAUGACUACAACCUAAAGGGAGAUUUUAAAGAAAUUAGAAUUAUUGCAAAUCAUGGUGAAAAUGAUCUGGAGAUGAAAUCCUUUGAUGAGAGUGUGAUGAAUGCCUGUGAUUUCCUCAAGGACCUUACACCACAGAGAGAGAAAUGCCUGAACAUGUUUGUUCAGUGCAGACCUUUAGUUCAGUGGUUGAAAGAAUCAAUGAAGAAAGCUGGAUUAAAAGAGCUGAAGGUAUUUGUUGACCUGGCAUUUAUGUCAGCUGGUGAUGAACCAAUCAACAUUGCUCGUGUUCAGUGUCUCCACUCAGCUGUGACAGGAUAUGCCCCGCUUAUAUUUGAUCUGGAUGAGAGUUCUGGAUACAAGGAACUCUUGAAUCUUUGUGCUGUUGUUUGGAAAGAACUUGAGGCAAAUCCUAAGCUUCCAGAUAAACUAAGAGACACAAAUAGACAGAUACAAUGGCUUAAAGAAAUCAAGAAAGCUCACGGUUCAGUGGAGGUUACCUCCCUCAUGCAGGCUGAAGCUAUUAAUGCUAAUGGAAUAUUUACAGUGGGUAAAAAUGCAUGGAAGAAAGAUGCUGAUGCUCAUAAGAUGGAUGAAACUCUACUGGCUGUGAUGGACAUUAUAAAGCUAACAGUUCCGGAGAAAGAAGGCAAGAGUCAGUUAAGGAACUAUACGUUCUCCCAAUGUCAGGAUCUACAGAGUAGACUCAUGUUGGUGGCUGGGAAGGCAGAGAUGGGUACAGAUAGUGUGGACAGAUUUACCAUGAUAUUUGACAGUAUAACCAGACUUAGCAAUGUGUACAUGAAACUUUGUUCAUCUGGAUGUGUGCUGUUUAAAGACUGGACAGCUAGAUUCCUGUGUUAUCCUAAACAUGAUCGUCCAGUUUGUGCCAUACUAGAGUUUGGCCAAGGUGAUAGUGUACCUCAGCUGAAGGGAAGACGAUCUGAGAGGGAGGACUUGAAGGAUAUAAUUCCUGAACUAGCCAAGUUUAUGGAAUGUUGUCUUGAUGAAUGGCUGGAUCAUAUUAAGGAGAAACGAAAGACUUAUCUUCAUUUGAACUACUACACUGUAGACCAACUUGUUAUCCUUCAGAGAGAACUGGUUAAAAUGGGAAUAGAAUCAGAGCCGUCACAUCUGGUGUAUCCUUUGUUGUCUGCUGUAAAAGAGAAUUGUACUCCAGAUGACCUUAUAGAGGCAAUGGCUGCUGCUAAAGAAGAGAUAGAUGGUGAUGUAGAUAUGGAAGCUGUAGGUGAAAAUGCUGAUGACGAUGAGGGAGAUGAAAUGCCAGCUGAUGCCACUGAAGACGAGAAGAGACAAAAUUUUAUACAGGAACUUGUCGUAGCUGGAUAUGAUGAGGCCCUUGCACUGAGGGCACUGCAGUUUAUGGGACCAGAGGAUGUUACUGCCGGUAUAGUAUGGUGUAUGGAUCAUGAUGAGGACUCCAAUAUGUCUGAUGAUGUGGAACAGCCUCAAAUUGAUAAUCAACCAAUGAGAGAGCAGGUUACACCGAGACCUAUAUUCACUGGCUGGAGCCAAUCACAGACUGACAUACAAACUAUGAUUCUAACAAACAUAUCUGGACUGAGAAAGCAGAAUGAUGUUGGAUCGACGCCUCUGAUCAGUGAUCUUACUGCAUUAUGGAAACAGUUUCUGGAUUCUAUAUCUUCCAAUAUACGAGACUAUCUAAGUCUGGAACAUCUUGGUCUUAUACUGAAAUAUCUUGCUAGAAAAGAUACAAAAGAAGUAUCCAGAUCGCUACCACCAGGCUUCAAAGAAGGUAAACCCAACCUGAUUAUAUGUCCCUCAGGAGAUGUAUUGAUGACCACACUAUCUAUAUAUAUGAUGGACAGAGAUCAACCUCUACCUAUGUCAGAUGAAAUACUCUUGUGUACACCUAACACAACCAAAGAUGAA